AUGAAGCAGCAAUUCUGCAUGAAGACAGAAAUCACCGGGACCUACGACUGGCCAGCUGGUAGCUACUGCGUAUUCAAAUACGGAGGAGACGACUGCCCGGGUGUUAUGUUGUCUGGUUCGAUUUCUUGGGAUGAUGAGGACUCUAACAACGGCAAUUACAAGAACGGCACCGUACCAGAGGGAGUGUACGGCCAGGAUACCCUCAUCUACUACUGCUGCAUGACCGAUGGUGACGUAUCCCAGCCGAUCAGCUUGCCUACUCAGAAUCCUUUCUACCUGUUCCCGUAUAACUCGGAGCAGUGUCAGACCGUCCAAGGCAUGACUGCGACUCAGGAAUACUUCGUAUGGGAUCAAGAAAGCCGGGAGGGUUUUGCCUCACAAGACCGGCACCCUUAUAAAAUUAUGGACGGCGGUAGGCUUAAAAUCAGCUACUGCUACUACACUGGAAAAUAG